CUCGGUCGAGUUGCACCCACUCGGACGUGUUGAACGUGAACUAUUAUGUCGCGUAGUUUAGGAGUUCUUACAUCCAUCUCACGUAUAUUCCAGUCUAAAUCCAUCGCCAAAACGGGAAAUUAUAGCGGCACAGCGUUACCAAUCACUCGUCCUAACCUCAACGCUAUGGAGGGAGUGAAAACAGAGAAGGCAACGUUUGCCAUGAGCUGAUUUUGGUUUCCCGAGGCGCAGUUCGGGUGUGCGCCUGGUGUGGUCCGCACUAAAGUCGGAUACACUGGCGGACAGAAAGAAUAUCCGACCUACCAUAGCCUCGGGGACCAUACUGAGUCAGUUCAGAUAGAGUAUGACCCUAAAGAGACAGACUACAACAAACUUUUGAGAAUAUUCUGGGAGAACCAUGACUCUACUUCUUGCCACAAGCGGCAGUACAUGUCCGCCAUCUUCUUUCACAAUGAAAAGCAAAAGCAGGAUGCAGAGAUAACACGAAAUGAGCACCAGCAAAAAGUUAGAGGACCGAUAGUUACGAAAAUCCUACCUGCUCAAACAUUCUAUGAUGCUGAAAACUACCACCAGAAGUACAUACUGAGGAACUCAUCACACAUUCUGGCCAGUCUUGGUCUAAGCAAUGAGGAAAUCAAGAGUUCUUAUGUUGCCACCAGGUUGAAUGGGUAUCUAGGUGGCCAUGGGUCUCUCUCACAGCUUGAUGGGGAGGCCAAGAAGUUAGGGCUUACAGACGAAGUGCUUGAUGCUCUAAGGGAGAUUGUGAGGUACAGGUCUAGUUAGUCUGGGUAGGAACCAAGAUUUAGAUUAGAGUCGGUAAGAGUUUCAUUCUCUCAUUAUUUCUAGGUUGUGAUCAUUCUCUUUAGGUUAUGAUCAAACCAGUCUUAAGAGAGGGUUGAAAAGAUUUUUUUUUAAAUAAUGAUUUGACUACUGGAUUUUAAUUAUUUUAAAAACUAUUGACCCAAGUUCGAUGUCCUAGAUUUCUUAGUAGUGAGAAUUUUGGCUCUGAAACACUUACCAGCAAUGGUUCUAUUGCUUUGUAUAAUUUUUCAAGCACAUUCCAUUUAUUUAUUUAAUCUCCUGUACAGUAAUAACCUGUUUAUACCAUAUACAUACCUGUCAAGUCUCAAGAUUUUGGACCCCCGAAAAUUAUUCUAUAGAAAAUCGUCAUUUUGAGUAUUUUUUAUUAAAAUAUUUGAAACAAUAAUUCCCUUGCGUAGCGCAAUUUAUCUAACAACCUUGUGAGAUCUAUUAGUGGAUUUGUUUGUGAGAGCUUUUUAUAUGACAAAUGCCUGCAAGGUUAACCCCACCCCUCCACCCCAAAAAUGAAUAUACCCCACCCCUCCCCCCAAAAAACUCAAGCCUUGAGAUUUUCGGAGGUUGACAGGUAUGCAUAUAAGUGAUUUAGUGGCAAGUUAAUGUUGUUCUACUAGAAAGUAUUGUUGUAUUGUAUACGUUAGAUUCAAAUGAGUCAAGUUCUUGUUAUGUUCAACACUAUGAUGUCCUGCAGCUAAUACUAAGUUCUGCUUGGUGGCUGUUUGAUUGAUGACUCAGCUGAACAUGGCAGACAAGAUCAUGUAUGGAAUCUUUUUAAUAAUGUGAUAGAUAUUUACAUAUUACUUUGGCAGUACAGAAUAUUUCGAUUAAAUGUCAUUGUUGUCUUUUGAAUUGUA